AGGAAAGCGGGACCCACUCAGAUUUCAGCCCAAGACAAGAGAGAGGAAGCGCGAUUUAAUGAUGAAAAAGAAAAAAAGAACUACAGACUUAACUUUAACUGCCACUUUGACACACUUUUCAGCCUUUUCGCGUCACUAUGGGCUGAAUUAAGGCGCGUUUUGCUGCAAAAGUGACCCAAUUUGUCUGGAAAGAAGUUCACUCUGGACGAGUUUGAGACAUCCUUACCUUUAAAAUGGGGGCCGGAGCGCUGACCAUCUGUCACAACAAGACAGCUGUGCAAGUGAAGGAGGACAUGAAGAAGAUGGUUCAAAUGAGACCAUGUUCGGAGACACCCAAGCACAUCAGGAUUUUCGGGGCGUCCCUCCUUGAGCUGCAGGAGAAGGGCCUGACUGAGGACGGCGUGCCCCUGGUUGUGCGAAAGAUGGUGGAGCACCUGCGUGACAACGCAGCGAUGGAGAUGGAGGGUUUGUUCCGGGUGAACGGCAGCGUGCGUGCCGUGGAAGCCCUGCGGCAGCGCUUGGAGAGCGACCAGGACGCCGACAUUGGGGACAACACCGACGCUUUCACUGUGGCCAGCCUGCUCAAAAGGUACUUGAGGGACCUUCCCCAAGGCCUGGUGGAAUCUGCCGUGCAAAAGGCACUGGUACAAGAGUGUGGUGACGAAGGUUCCUGCUCAAGCUUGAGGGAGCAUUUAAAGCAGCUGCCGAGCCUCCACUUCAGCCUGUUGCGCUACUUGUGUCACUUCCUCACGGAGGUUGAGCGCAACCAACAGGACAACCGCAUGAACGCACAAAAUCUCGCCACGGUCUUCGGUCCUAAUGUCUUUUGCGUGCCUCCCGGGUUCGAGGCCCUGAACGAGCAGACCAUCUGCAACAAGAUCCUGGUUCGGCUCAUUCAGAACUUCAGCAGCAUUUUUGAAGCGGACCCAAAAGUUGACAAAAGUGAAGAAGAGGUCAUCCCUGUCAAGGUUGAACAUAAUAAUGGUACAGACUCUCCAUGCCAAGCCUCCAUCAGCAGCCCAUAUGCGAAAGCUCGGACAAGGAAGGUGAGGAAAGCCAAAACCGACGGAGACGGCGCACAAGUGCCCACAGAGUCCGGACGCCCGCUCCUAACGCCGCUUUCGCACAGCGUACCGAUCGUGGUGCCUCUGCGCAGCGUCAGUUCUUCAGAAGUUACGGAGAUACCUCAAAAAAGCAGCCAGGAAGAAGAAAGACCGAUAUCUCCUUUCUACAUGAGUACCCACUACCCCCCUCUAGUUCACACACCUGAUGCCAUUAGCAUAUUGAACAGGACAAUCCGUUUGGCGGUUGAGCAGCACCUCUUCGAUGUCCAUCAAACGUCGGACUUUGUCGAGUUGACCUCGCGGCGGCUCGCUCUGUCAGCGAGGCAGCGACGACGUAACCUGCGAGAAAUGCAGGACACCUCCGCGCAGCUCAACAGAAGCAGAACAGACACCAACAAGGAGAACAUCCCGACAUUUGAAGACUGGAGCGGUACAAGCUUCAGGGUGCCCACGGGCGACGUCAGUGUGGAAUCGCACGGUGGACAGAGCGCUCAGGUGCCGCAAAGGCCGAAAGCCAGGAAGUGGAAACACAACCCUACGCUGGCGCAGCUCAACCAGGACGCCCACACAGAAUCCUGUUGCAAUUCGCCAACAUUUGGGAGAACCAGGCCCAGCUUCAUGGAGUUUUAUAAGAAAAGGAAUGAAGCUUCAAGAAAUGAUGACCUUCCCUUUUACUCAAAGACGUUAAGGAUGAAGAUCCAGGAGUCACCCGUCGUGGCCUGCAACGGCGGGGAGGCGUACGACCCCGAGCGGGACAAGGCCAGCUGCGAGGACGUGCCGCGCCUGGACAGCAACUGGGGAGAUCCGGUCCCAGCUUAUUCGCGAGACAUCACGGACUGCGACGAAGCCCGCGUGUCGCCGUGCUCCGGCGGCCGCCUGAUUCGCCAGCUGCUGGAGGAAGACAGCGACCCCAUGCCGUCUCCGCGUUUCUACGCUUAUGGCCAGUGCCAGCAAUAUUUGGACGACACAGAGGUGCCACCGUCGCCCCCCAACGCCCACUCCUUUGUCAGUCGUAGGAGGAGCUCCUCUCUUGGCUCCUGCGAUGACGACAAGGAGGAACUGACCACCGCCCAGCUAACCAAAAGAAUCCACGUCCUGAAGAAGAAAAUCCACAGGUUCGAGGAGAGGUUUGAAGACGAACGGAAAUAUCGGCCUUCCCAUAGCGACAAAGCGGGAAACCCCGAAGUUCUGCGAUGGGUGAACGAGCUGGCAAAGUUGCGCAAAGAUCUCAAAGAACACAAGCUUCUGAAAUCCGAGGAGGAUCUCCCACCGUUGACUCGGCAACGCAGCAACACGCUUCCCAAGAGCUUUGGCUCCCAACUGGAGAAGAAGCCCGCCCAGGAGAAGGUGCCCAAACCCCCAGUGGAGAGUACGUUGGAGGGCAUUGUUAAGAAGUUGCAGGAGAAACGCCAGGAAGUCCACCGGCCUGAGGACAUCAAGGACAUGACCCGAGAGCAGAUAGGCGCCGAGAAGCUUGCCCUCCAGAAAGCUCUGCUCUACUACGAGAGCAUUCACGGACGACCCGUGACCAAGAACGAGCGGCAGAUGAUGAAGCCGCUGUACGACAGGUACCGAUUGGUCAAGCAGAUCCUGUGCCGGGCCUCCACCAUCCCUGUUAUCUGUGGCGGCAGCAGCGGCGGCUGCGCUGCGACGCCCCCGCCGGCUAUCGGCUACUUCUCGACGUCGCCUCAGGGCUCGCCCUCCACCAAGCGACGAGGACCGCUGUUGCAACCCAUUAUCGAGGGCGUAACCGCGCUCUUCUUCGAUGACGGCAAGGAGGAGGAAGACGGCUCUGAGGACGACAGCGACGCCAAAACGCAGUUCUUGGUGACCGCCCGCCCCGACUUGAACGUCCUGAGCUUUCUGGGUCACGUGGACGAAGACGUCGACGACUUUAUCUCGCCGGUGGACGAAUUAACGCCCGCCAAGAACGUGACAGACAUGCGGCUGUCCAACCUGCACUCCGCCACUACACAAGAGCUGGUUGAGCAACUCCAAGAGACUCGAGAGGAGAAGAAGCGAAUCCGCAAGAAUCUCAAAGAGUUCGAAGAGCAGUUCUUGCGGCAAAAUGGAAGGAACGUUCAGAAGGAGGACCGCUCGCCUUUGGCACCCGAGUACAGCGAGUACAAACACGUGAAAGCCAAGCUGAAGCUCUUGGAGGUCCUCAUCAGCAAACGAGAGUCCACCAAGUUCAUCUGAAUGGCCCAAAAACCAGCAAACAAUCACGCUUGUAACGUCUACUAAUUUAUUUGUGUGUGUUUGUACCACAGCCACAAACUUUCUCACUUUUUUUUGUUUGUUUUGCCAGAAAAGUCUUAAAAUAAUACACGUGAAAUGCUAUUUUGAAAUAUUUUACUGGAAAGAUGACGCGGGAUAUUUUUGUACGGGAGACUUUAUAUUUGUUAGUCUGAUGUGAACGCUGUAGAAGUACCUGCUAGGAGCUAAAAGGGUUGUUCUGUUGGCAUUUAAAAAAAAAUAUUAUGAGCCAUAUUUGUAUUAAAAUACCUACAUUAUAAUGAAUAUACAGGAAAUAUAAUAUUCUGUAAAUUAUUUAUUGUGAUAAAAAAAUAAAUAAAUUGGAGCGCACCAUUUAAAAAAAAAAAUUUAUGCUAGAAUAGUUUAAAUUCACUUGGGUUCAAAUUGUACUGCAUUCAAAUCAUGGGGGAAAAAUCCAUAAUAUCAAGGGUUGAAUUUGUAAAUGAACUAAAAAGUUAAAAACACAAUUUUUAUGAGAAUUUCAAGUUUUACUUCAUCAUAAUUCUGUGUCAUUUUUAAAAAUAUAGCCCAUAAUACUUUCAUACAGUUCAACCCAAAUGGCUCACAAUGUUUAUUCCGUGAUCAUUUUAGUCCUUGUGUACGAAAAUCUGCUGUUUUAAAAAAAAAAAAAAAAAGUUAUUGACUCAUUGACGAUAAAUUAAAACUCUUUAUAGGAGUUUAUUGAUAGUAUUGGACGUCUAUCGCCGUCAAUGAGUUGAUGUCUGAACUUUCCCUCCUGCUGUAAAUGCAAACGUUUACAUGAGUUAAUCAGUGUGAACUUGGUACGCAUUGUGAGUGUGUACAUUUUAGUACAUAAAGUGUAUUUUGUACAUAAUAUGAAUUAAAAGAUAUUUUUACUGA